AUGUUGGAAAUUCCAGUUGUAAACAUUAUUUUAAUGAUCACAAUAAAUGCAGCUAUAUCAUUAAAAAGUUUCAAUCAUACCUUAAGCAUAACGAAAAAUAAUACCAGAGAAUUAUCGUCUUUGACAUGGCUUUCAAACGAUGGAUACUGUAGGAAAAGUGCAGAAUGCACAAGUAGCAAUCUUACUUGUUUCGGCGUACCACUGCCAUAUUCAGAUAUAUCUUCAGAUGUAGUUGUAGAUCUGUUUAAAAGUCCAGAAUUGCAAAAUUUCCACAAUUUACAACAAGAAUUAAACAAAUGGGAAAUUUUAAGAAAAGUUCCUAAAUGUUGGCAAACGCUUCAGCCAUUUUUAUGCGCCCUUUAUUUACCAAAAUGUGAAUAUGAUACAGUGUACUUAUUGUCUCAGGAAAGAUGCAAAUAUACAAUGUCAACAUGUAAAAUUUUAAAAGAGCCCCUAUUCGCAGCAACAUUUCCAUCCAUCAAUUGUGAUGCCACCGAAUUUUUCCCUCGUACCUGUAAAAAUGAUGUGAAAGAUUUAAGGUCUAACCUAAGUGGAGAAUGUAUUUCUCCUCUUAUAGCAACAGAUAAUGCUGACUCUUAUUAUGAUGUCGUUAAUGGCUGUGGCAUUCAAUGCGAGGAUCCCCUCAUUACCAAAAACGAGUAUGAACAAAUACACAAAAUGAUAGGUUGGGGAGCUACAGCAUCAUUAUUUUGCAACUUGUUCACAGUGGUUUCAUUUUUAAUUGAAUGGAGAUCUGGAAAUAAAUAUCCGGCUGUUAUUAUAUUUUACAUAAAUAUUUGUUUUUUACUUUCCAAUCUCGGUUGGUUAGCUCAAUUUCUACCGAAAGCUAGAGAAGAUAUUGUUUGUAAGAAAGACAUGACGCUUAGAAGAUCAGAGCCCAGUGCCGAAGAGAAUUUGUCAUGCGUCGUUAUUUUCGUUGUCAUUUAUUAUUUUUUAAUGGCCGCGUGCGUUUGGUUUGUUAUAUUUACCUACGCAUGGCAUUUGAGUUGUCGAGGUUUAGCAAAAAUUCAAGAGAGAAUCGAUAAAAAGGGAGCUUAUUUUCAUUUGGUCGCUUGGUCUUUACCUGUCGUAUUGACGAUAACCGUUAUGGCGUCCAGACAAAUAGAUGGGAAUAGCAUGGCGGGGAUUUGCUUCGUGAGAAGUUCUUACUGGGGAGCAAGAGUUGUUUUCCUUCUUGUUCCCAUCGCCGUGACGAUACUAAUGGGAGGAUAUUAUUUAGUCAGAGGUCUUUCCUUUUUAUUCAAUGUUAAAAAAGACAGUCAGCAAAUAUUAUCGGAUAAAGCAAGUGCAAAAAUAAGAGAAAUGAUCGUUAGAAUCGGUUUGUUUUCCGUCUUCUGCUUGACAUUUGUCAUCGUCACAUUCAUGUGUCACAUUUACGAAUUUGCUCACGAAGAAGAUUGGCAAAAAAGUUUUAGAAAUUACAUAUUCUGUUCGAUAUUGUCUUCGAAAUCCGAUCCUCGAGAUUGUCAAAUGGAAUCCAGGCCCAGCAUCGCAAUGAUUCAAUUACAUUUGCUCAUUAUAUUCGCUGCAGGAAUCGUCAUGUCCUCCUGGGUGUGGAUUUCAUCGACCGCGGAAACCUGGAGGAGAUUUUUCAACAGGAAAAUAUUAAAAAAAGAAAUAGAAGAAUCCAUCGUAUUGAAAAAACAUAAAAUAAUCGCUCAAGCAUUUGCCAAAAGGAAGGAAUUAACAAAUGCUGGAAAAUUAGAUCUUUGCAUAAAAAAUAGUCACACGGAUCCAGUCGGUUUAAAAUUUGAAUUAAAUAGCGCUGCGUCGCAUUUGAGUUCCAAUUGGAUAGCAGCCGUCCCGAAAUUGGUAGACAGACGAGGUGCACUCGUCGAUCUCAUGACGGAAUCGAAUUCGAGCAAGAGAAGGAAUUCAUACGAUUCCGAGAGUUACACGUACAGCGUGAGAAGAGUUUCGGAAGAAUCCAGGAGGCAAUCUCUGGAUUCACAAAUAUCCCUUCAAAUUUCCGAAGUCACGGCGACGCACAAAACGAAAAAUCACCGUCGAAGAAGUGUGAGAUCUCGGGGUAAAAGACGACGGAAAGAUUUUUCCCGUUCGAAAAAAAACAGUUCGAGUUGGACGCGAAGAGGAAGUUCGACGUCGCAAGAGAGUCAAAUCGAUAUCAAGAUCCUGACAGCACUAGCGUUUCACAAUUCGAGCAUAUUGCCAAACCUUCUCAAGCGAAGAUUGGGAAACGUGGGUUUGGAAUCGUCGAAAACGUUUUCGAAAAAAAAAUUCAGUUUUCCAAACAAUUUGGACAACAACAGCGAAGAGGAACCGUUCAGGGAUCGAAACAACAUUAUGUGUUUUUCGGACGAUGACGUGAGCAACGGAAGAGAAGAAGAAGAAUUGUGCCUUCCGGGAGAGGGAAUACAAGCGCUCACUCACGAGGAUUCCGAGGACAGCGACGUCGAUAAAAAUUUAAGCUUAUAUCAAAAUUAUAGCGACGAUGAGGAAAAUGCGGAAAUGUUUCCUUGA